AUGGCCACAACUGAUUCGGCGCAGGGCAAAGAGUACGACUUCGUCAUACUCGAUUUGGUAAGCCCCGGUGGAAGGCAGUACGCGCUUGGGUUUCGGACAGACCCGAGAAGGAUGUGCGUUGCUCUGUCAAAGGCCAAGAUUGGGCUUCUCAUCAUUGGUAACAAGAAUAAGGCCAAUGUUGCAUACCCUGGGGCAGGCACCAGAGCAUGGAAGCAGCUGAUCGAUGACCACGUGACCAAGGAUGCAGUGUGCGAAAAGGAUGCAUGGGAUUUUUCAGGGCAGGUGAAGGCAUUGAUGCGAGAACAUUAUAUUCCAGGUGUUUUGUAUGAAGAGGCACCAAGACGGGGUUACCUGAUAGCUAGGUACCCAUAUUCGACUAUAGCUAAAACGCUGGCAAAUAUACUGCUCGAAGGCGCGGACAUAUCAUCAAUCCUUCUCUCGAUGGACUACGGUGCUAUAUUCAGUUUUUUAUGA